CGCGGGUCGGAGGUCGAACAGUUCGCGGGAAGACAGUGAGCAGGCGCCUAUGAGAUGCUCCAAUUUGCUCCGACAUCCCCAAGGGGUUGAGUUACCGCGGGGCAACCUUGGAAGGCUCAUUCUUGUCUCACGGACCCCGAGUCGGAGAGCGCUUCCCGGUUGGACUAAAGCGGGGAGGCGGUAAUCGGCGAGAAAAGAAAAAGAGGGGAGAGGGGAGGAAGAGAGACAUUCUGCAUCAUUGUCGUGAUUAUUGUCACACACAGUCACAUACGCCAUGCCUAUGUCUCGCUUAACAACAUCCCCAGGGCACGCCGAGAGGAAAGGGGAACCACGGGGAGGCCGAGGGGGUGGGAUGCGCAGCGGGUGGCAGAUAUCCGGGGCAAAUCGAUGGCAUCUCCACACUUUUCACCACUGCCACGCCCGCAUACUGCCACCACUGACCGCUUGCCCCCAGCAGUCCCACCGCCCGGGGAAUGCUCAACACGAUCGGUUUUGCCUCUCUCUCCUCCCUCUUUAGUUGCCCCCCCACGGUGCCUGUUUCACUUUCAGCCCAUCAAGUGCAUCCAUCCAUCCACAUUCAACUCUCGCCUCCUCCACUCUCUUCCCCUCUUCCCAUCCCAGAUUCUCCCAGCUUCUGUCGCAUAUACCCCAGACCCGACUCGCAUCAUCAUCAUACAAAACAGUAAUUCUCAGGAAGCGCGCUUUCCACCCCCCCACACACACUCAACCUUCCCCGGUGUGCAAGUACAAGGCUCCAUCUCAUCUCAUCUUUCUGAUCUUCCUCUGUGCGGUUCACAAUCAACGAGGCAGCCUAUUGGGUUUCGGACUCCGCCCACGAUAGUGGCAUUUUCCGAGGCGUCCGCUUUCGAAUCUUACCUUUCCACCACAACUUCGCCCACCGCGACCAGUCAAAUCCGAUCGCGAACUACCCCUCGCAUUCGCCUUGAACUCAUCCCGGGUUCAGCACCAAUCGUAUCUUUGCCUCAUCCAGGAAGCGUCUACCGCGCAGUUUCUUGCUUGUCAAGUAGACAUUCCCACUCUGAUUUUCUCCUCGCCACCCUCGCAACUCGCCCGAACUCGUUGAUGAGUUUAACUCACCGCUUCCACCACCGGACUUCUUAACUAUUUUGCGAAGAGGCCAAACCUUCACACGCGGAGCAUUUCUCGCUCCAAAUUCAGCUUGGGGUUUACUGUGUUCGAACCCCAUAGUCCCACAAGCAUCAGCGAGUUCGAUCUUGAACUGUAAG